GGAGCGGGGCGGAGCGGUGCAGGGGGGGGGCAGGCGGGCGGGCGGGAUUAUUAUGGGCUGUGGGCGCCGCCGCCGCCGCCGAGGAGCCCAAGAUGGAGCUGUCUGCAGUGGGGGAGCGCGUCUUCGCCGCCGAGUCCAUCAUCAAGCGGCGCAUCCGAAAGGGGCGCAUCGAGUACCUGGUGAAAUGGAAGGGCUGGGCCAUCAAGUACAGCACCUGGGAGCCCGAGGAGAACAUCCUGGACUCGCGCCUCAUCGCCGCCUUCGAGCAGAAGGAACGGGAACGGGAGCUGUACGGCCCCAAGAAGAGAGGACCGAAGCCCAAAACUUUUCUCCUGAAGGCUCGGGCCCAGGCGGAGGCCCUCCACAUUGGGGAUGUACACUUUUCUGUCAAGCCCGGUUCUAGCACCUCGUCUCCCAAGCUCCACUCCAGCGCCGCGGUGCACCGGCUCAAGAAAGACAUCCGACGGUGCCACCGCAUGUCCCGCCGCCCCCUGCCUCGCCCGGACCCCCAAAACGGGGGGAGCGUGGGCGGCGGGGCCGGCAUCCGUCCCCCCGUCUCGCCCUUCUCGGAGACCGUCCGCAUCAUUAACCGCAAGGUGAAGCCCCGCGAGCCCAAGCGCAGCCGCAUCAUCCUCAACCUCAAAGUCAUUGACAAAGGCGGCAAGCCGGCCAACGGCACCGGCGCCCUGGCUCGGCCCAAGAUCCCCUCCCGAAACCGCGUCAUCGGCAAGAGCAAAAAGUUCAGCGAGAGCGUCCUCCGCACCCAGAUCCGCCACAUGAAGUUCGGCGGCUUCUCGCUCUACAACAAGCCCUCCGCCGCGCCCGCCCCCUCCCUGGAAGGCAAAGGGGAGGCCGAAGGCUCCCAGGCGGCCUCCUGCGGGCUCAUGAUGGGCUCCACCCCGUACGACGCCCCCAGCUCCAGCUCCUCCGGCUGCCCCUCGCCCGCCCCCCACUCCUCGUCCGACCCGGAUGAUUCCCCUCCCAAGCUGCUCCCCGAGACCCUCAGCCCGGCCGUCCCCGACUGGCGCGAGUCCGAGGUCCUCGACCUCUCCAUCCCACCCGAGUCGGCGGCCACCAGCAAGCGUCCCCCCCCGGGGGGCUGCGGCGGGGGGCAGACGCCUUCCUUGUCCCUUUCUUCUUCCGAGCCGGAGCAGGAGGCCGGCGACUGGCGUCCCGAGAUGUCCCCUUGCUCUAACGUGGUGGUCACGGAUGUCACCAGCAACCUCCUCACCGUCACCAUCAAGGAGUUCUGCAACGCCGAGGAUUUCGAGAAGGUGGCGGCGGCAGCGGGCGGCGGGGGAGGCGGCAGCAAGUGAGCGAGCCAGGUCCCCCCCCUUGCUCCGGGGGGGCCGUGGGGGGAGCUCUCCCUGCGAGAAGUCGUGGUGUGAAUGGCUGUCCUUGGUUCUCUCCUUCUCCCCUGCGCUGUCCCUCGUCCCUCACCGCCGCCCUUCCUCCUCCUCCUCUUCCUCUUCCUCCUCCCUGCCUGCCCGGAGGCUGGAGGGGGGGGAGCAGGAGGCGGCGGUGGGGCUGGCGAGUGGUUGUUUGUCCUUGAGUGUGGUGUUGUCCAACCGGCGGCGGAGCCUUUGGGCCGCUCUUCCCCCUCCUCCCCCUUCCAUCUUCGACAAAAACCGCAGAGGAGCUCCGGAGCCUUGAGGGGCGGAUGGGAGAGGACUGGAGCCCCCACCCCAUGAGCCUUUCCCCCCCCCUCACGGUGCAUGCAGUCUCUUCCAUCCCUCUAUUUCCCCACCACCACCACGCCGACCCUAUAAGUCCUCGCCCUCCUUGGCCCGCGGCCUGGAGCCGCCAUCUCGCGCGGUGCUGCUGCUCCAGGCCCCCCGGGGCAAGGAGGAGAGGGGCGUGAGGUGCCUGCAAGGUGCUGGGGACGAAGCUGGGGCCGUGGGGCCGCCCCACACCACAAACCGUCCCACGUCGGCUUCCCCUUCCCUCCAAAUAUUGGUGCUACCUUGGCAGUUGGCCGGCCGCUUUCAGGUGGCCCGCGCCCUCCUCUUCCUCCUCCUCCUCCUCCUCCUCCUCCUGCUGCAUCUUCCGCCUUGCUCAGCCUUGCAGGGGGAAGAGGGAGGAGAAAGAGGAGCCUGCUUCCAGCCAGAUCUUCCUCCUGGCCUUCAGCACUUGCACUUGCUUGGGGGAGAGGGCAUGAGAUGUCCGUGUCCCCCCCCCCAGCCUUUCCGUGGUGGGAGCGGGGCUGAGGCCGUGCGUCCGUCCCGCAGCCGGGGAAGAGGGCUCCCCACUGCCCUUUUGGGACCUGAAAGGGCCCGUACAACUGUCACCCAAAGGUGCUGGCAAGAAAUAACUGUCUCUCUCGCAUCAGAAGCACGCGUGUGCUGGUCCUCUCCCCUCUUCCUUUUCCUCUCCUUUAAGAGCUCAGUGGAGGCUUUGGGGAUGCGGUCGCAUUCACAGCUGAAGCUUAGGGGCAGGGAGAAAGAGACUUCCCCCGAUCCAUUCACCCAGCUAAGGCUUCCUAUAACUCGUUGGACUCGUGUGCGUGUCUGUAUCAAUACCUGCCUGUAUUCUUUGUGUCUUUACUUUGGCAUCUUCUCCUGUGCCUGGCACACCCGGGGAUCCCUUAUUUUAGCAUAGCCUAUCCGUGCGACUGCAGCUUCGAAGUUUGUACCUAGAGGGAAAAGCUCUGCGGGAAAUAGCAAGGAGAUAUUUCUCUUCUUCCCCUUCUAAAUAACAACAAUAACAACAAAAAAACUCAACUAUUUGGAGGCUGCAGGAUAAGAGGAGCUUCUUUGCAGGGUGGAUGCAAACCGGCCAGUCACUUUAGGUCGUUCAGUUGCUGUUUGGUGUGCGUGUGGUGAUGUGUUUCGUUUCGUGGUAAUGAGGUCCUGAAAAAAAAAAACAAAAACAAAAAACACAAACCGAAGCGUUUAAGUGGGAGAUAAAAAGGGAACUUUAAUAGGAAACUCUUGAUGUGUUUUGGCCAAGGUGUGCUCGCUUGGCAGAAUCCUUUUCCCCAGUGUCUCUUGUGCGGUGUUCUGUGGGGGCGAGGGGGCAGGAGUUGUUUAACCGAAGGGGUUUUGCCUCUCUCCAGAGUGACAAGCGAAGGGGACUGUCUGUGAAGAGCAAAACAGUGGGGUCGUUGUAGGGCUACUCCGCGAGGACCUUCUUCCUGUGGUGAGGAGACAGGGGGGGGCUUGUUGCGGCAGAGGAACUCGUGGUAGAUCCUCUGGAGGAAGAAAGGAGUGCGAUGAAAGGAGUACGAUCCGGCUUGCAGACACAGCUCGGCCGCUUGUGUGACGCAUCCCCCACCCCGGGGGGGUCACCAGGUGGGACCCAAACCCUGAACCUCUGGAUCUGAAACAAAGAUCCUGUGCUCUUUUCGGGUUAGGUCGGCUAACCCGAAGGCAGCAGCAGCCUCAAAAGUUCCCUCAGGUGGACGAGCCGCUUGGGGCUGAGCAACCGACCCUCGGAUUCACGUGGGUCGUGCUCCCCCUCCGAAAUUUUUGCCCAUGCUCCGCAACGGGGAUGGGAGGAAAAGAUCUCCCCGUGCCCUUUAGGAAAGGGCACGGGGUGGAGGGAGGAGUUUAUCUGAAAGUAUCCCCUUCCCUUCCCCGUAACCCCUAGGAAAACAGAAAACAAAAACAGGGAGGUAAUUCUCUGUGUCUGUGCCAUGUUUGUUCUCUUGUUGUUGUGUUUUUAGAGGAGAUUUUAUGAUGGAGUGGAAAAAGUGAAAUGAUUAGUUUUGCAUAAAAAAAAAAAAGAAAAGCUUAAAAAAAAAAUUUCUACAGGGAGAGAGAGAGCGCGAGAGAGCGAGCGAGAGAGAGAGUUUAAAAAAUGACUAAUAAAUGCAGUGAUUGCACAAACUGUAGUGGUUUUAGACGGUCCUUAGAGAAAAGAGUAUUUUGUAGUAUCGAAGCAUGUGUGUCUGGGAUGGUGUUUGGCUUGCUUGAACUGGAGGGAAAGGCGUCCUUGGGACUGAGCAGCCGUCUCCUAGCUGAAAAAGGCAAGUUGCGUGUUGGAGGAACCCCCGUCUGCAAACCCUGCCCGUCCUUGCCUCCCGAGUGUCGGAGUGAGUUCCCUUCCCUCCCAUCCCUCUCCUGUGAGCUAAGGUGGAGUCUCCAAAUGGUUUUUCCCGGCCUUCAGCCAGGGCCGGCCCUGGUUCUGCCCGAGCCUUGGGGCCAGGCCCGCAACACGGAAACAGUUGACUUGACUUUGCAUGCACAGCAAGCUGCUAGAUUUGGGGUGGGCAUGUACCUUUCCUGCCAAAUCGCCGUCUCUCCUCUCCCUCCCCCCGAGGAUUAAGCCCAGCGGGGGCUCACGCAGACUCGCCUCUCCUCCUUUUAGGGUCUCUGAGCCACCAGAGCUUGGCGUCUGAGCAGAAGGUGGCAGGCAGGGGACGCCAGGACAGUUCUCUGCCUGGAUUUCUCUGGUGCCCUGGGCUCGGCGAGGGAUGUCCCGACGCCUCCCUUAGCCCCUGCUGUCCUCGGGAGCUUCCUCUUCUCUCUCCCUCCCUACCCGUCGAGGUCUCUCAGUGCUUCCCGCAGCCUCCCGUCUCGUGCUCUCCUCCCUCCUGGCCGAGCAGAGCGUGAAGCCGAUGAGAUGCGAGCUCCUUUUGGGGUGGAAAACAGAGGAAAAAAACAAAACAGGCUGUGGUGAGCAGGCCCGGCUGUGGUGAGCCACGACUUGAGCUCUGUUUUCGGAGGAGCGUUUCUUCUCCCCGUCCCGACGUUCCCAGGGAGGUUUCUGAAAUAACCGUAACGAAAUAAUGAAACCCAGUCCUGCUCUUUACCAGGUAGGAGCUGUCUCUGAGCUGAGUCUUCCGAGGGAUUUCACUCCCUUUCCCGGCCCCUCUUUGUAGAGGAGGUUUCGGCAGCUGCCUGGAGGCAACUACCUUUUUGGGGGCCUCCUGGCAGCAGAGGAAAAGCUUUCUCUGGGCUCUGCCGUGCUGGGGGUGCUGUCCCAAGUCCCCCCCGCUUCUGCCCAGUCUGGGCCGUGGCAUUAGUGAGACGGCUUGGGAGCAGAUCUUUGUCCCCAGGGAGGUGUGACAAACCUGGAGCGCGUGUCUGGCUAAGUGCUUGGUUUUUUUUUUAUUCCCCCUCGCCUCCUUCCUCCCCCCCUCUUCUGACAAGACCUUUUUCCUCCUUGCCUGGCGCAUCCUUUUACUCCAAUGUCGCUUGCUUUCGCUGCAUCUUUCAAUCGCCCAAUAAUCGUGCAAGAGCUGGGAUCUUAUUUUACUUUUUUUUAAUCUAGAAAUAUCCGAGGAUCAAAGGAACGCCCCCUCCCCUCUGCCACCAGCCCGUCCCGUCCCACCCCGUGCGCGCUCCGUCCUGGCUGCCGCGCUUCAAAAGCUGCCACAGGGCUUCGAGUUCUUCUUCUUUUCUUCCCAUUUCUCCUUCCAGCAGCGAAAGGUGCUGUUCUUGGUCUGCCCAUGGGAGACCAGGCUGUCUCCGGCAGCUCUUCUGAAGGGGCACGGUCAGGACGAGCCCCUGCAGAGCCAGCUCCCAGCAGAGCCCCGGCUCUCCUGGCUUUGUUCUGAGCUUUGUGGGGCUCUGGCUUUGCCCUGGUAUUUAGGGCCUGAGGCUGCCCCCCGGGCAGAGCAGAGGCAGGUAGGUUCUCCUCAGCAGGUAGGUGGCCGAAGGGGCCAGCCUGCUGCGGACGUGGCCUUAGGUCAAGUUCUCAAACAGAAUAAAAAAUAAGUAAAAAUUGGCCGUGAUGACUCGUCUUAGGAAGAAGUCAUCGUACCCGUGCCCCCCUUCUUGCCCCCGUUAGCUUGGUUUGCUGUCCUCCCCUCCUUCCCCCUCUCCCCCGCCGUGAAGCCUUGUUUGCUCCUCGAGAACGGAGGACUCUCUCUCUCUUACUUUGGGAUUUUUUGGUUUCGUUUCUUUCCCUUUUGGGUAGAAAGUCAUCCAGUGGUGGUGGAGGACAGGGGCCUGCCUCAUCUGUUUCUUCCUUUCACCUUCCCCAGUGCCAAGCUUAGGCUCGAAUCCUGCAGGUUCCUGCAACUCUUCCAACGCCGAGCAGGCGGAGGUUGCCCCACUGAGCUCUGUGGUACUCGGGUGCUUCAGCUCCUGCCCGCGCUUGAGUUUUGGCAGCACCAGAGCCUUGCUCCUUCUCUUAGAGAAGGGCAGAAUGAACUCCUAGAGUGCUGGUGGUUCUGGUGCACCCCAUCUGUCCCUUCAUUUCCCCCUCACUUGGCAUACAGAGUGAAGGCGGUCAUUUGUUUUUUUUUAAUUUAAAACAAACCUAAAUAUGUAUCUUGUAAUUUUUUUUUUUAUUUUGAAAAAAAAAAAUGCAUUUAAGAAUUGUGCACGGAUGAAUUGUAUAUCUAUAUAUUUUUUUUUUGUCUUGCAAUUUUCAUUUUAAAUAGUGUUUGCUUUUGUUCUGUUUUGUUUUGUUUUUUUCUUUUUUCUUUUUUUUUGGUGUUUUGUUUUGUUUUUAAUCCAGUUCCCAGCUGGCUAAACUCUGUCUAGAGCGGAUGGGUGGGAGGCACAGCCGCCGGAGGGGCGAUUGAAUCGCCCCUUCCCCUGGCGCUUCCCGCAAAGAAAAAACUGGUUUGCUCCAGGUUUUGGGGGUGGGGGUUGUGCUAAUUACUCUUGUAUUCUUGUACAUUUUGUUCUUUCUGCUGCUCUUGAAUAUUGUAUCAAUGCCAGAAAUGGGGAGUUAAAAAAGAGAAAAAAAAAAAAAAGGAAAAAAAAAUUAACCCCAAUAAAUUGUUACAUUCCAAA